GGGAAGAGAAGAGCCGCACAAAACCAAAGAAAGCAAGAGAAAUGAAAACUGUCCGCAGGGUAAAAAUCCAGUGCGUAGUCCUUCUUGUUCGACUCAUAUCUUGAAUUUCACUCAUCCAAUUAAAGCGUGUGAGGUGCCCUCUGAAAGAUAUCAAGAAUAGGAAUCCAUAAGCGUGCGGUUUGAAGGAAACGGAGCAGUUUAAGGCUUCCAAAUCGUCCGAACACAACGAAACCUGGCAGAAUACUUUUGUGGUAUUCAAAGUUAGGGAACGAAUUCGCCGGAAAACACCCGUUCUAGGAACUGUUUUCGUGUCGACGUUUAGGGGUUGAGCUAGCACUGUUAGGAGGCUGCUUAACACUCAUAUUUAAUCAAGGAAUCAGUUCUUAAUCCACAUUGGCCGAAGCUUUGACCAUUGGACAAGAAGGAGAAAUUUAAAGCUCAUUUAAGGUGUUACAAUGAAUGUGAAGGGCUUCGCUGGUGUGAAGAAGAAAGCGGCCAAAGAUCCAAAGUAGAAUCCUGUCAAUGCUUUUUUCAAGAAGGCCGAGGGUCCGUUGAUGCCCCCUACCGCUGAUGCUGGUGCAGCCGCCGCUAAGAGUAAGGCGACAGGGCAAGGACGUUGCCCCCGUUGGCAAAAAAUCGAAGAAGGGGGAUGCCGGGAGGAAAGAUCCCCUAGUCCUGAUCAUUGACGGGCAAUCGGCCUCCGACCCUCCGGUCAUGGUAGUGAUGGCCCCUGCCCAUCCCCCUUCGGCACAGCAGGGUGAGGGGGAUUUGUCCCGGGAGGAUAUUCAGUUCUCCCUCAUAAAGGGGACUGCCAUAGUGCAUGGCACUGUGGAUCCAAAGGAGUUCCUUCGGGGCGCUACUCCUUCUCUGGACAAGGCAUCUCUCAGCAGGCUCGAGGAUGAUGCCCUCGAUAAUAAAAUCCUUCGGUCCUCACUAACUGCUUGCAUUGCCCUCAGCAAGCAAGUCCGGAGGGCGGAACAGCUGCGCCUCCAGAAGGCGGAGCAAGACGAGACUUUGAGGAGGCUCGUUCAUGAUAAUGCUGACGCCGCAAGGCAAAUGGCGAGAUUGGAGGAGAGCCCUCGGCAGGCAGAGCAGAAACUGGAGGCCGCCAAAGUAGAGACUAGAGCCGAGGGCAGGGCCGAGGCCGAGAAGGCAGCUGCUGAGGCUGCAAAGAAAGCUGCCGACGAGGCCGAGGCGGUCAAGGAGGUGGCCAUCGCAAAGGCCCAGGAGGAAGCUGUUGCUGCCUUCGUUGCUGAGGGUUGGAAGGCCGAGGGGUACAAUCAGUGGUUGUCCUCGGCCGUAGGGGCAUCAGUGGAUGAGUGGUGCGAGGGCCCUGACGUAGAGUGGUUGGCCCGAAAGGGCAAGGAAUAUUAUGAUGGGGGCGAGUUCUUCACUCAUGCCCUCAUCUACCGGAGGAUGGCCCGACACCUGAAGAUUGAGCCGAAGGAUUUUGAUCCGGCGGCAUAUGGCCUCCCGCCUUUGCAGCCAGAUGUUCGUGUCCCUCUUCCCCCAGAUGUCGAGAGGCCUGAUCUUGAAGAUUCCAUGCUGAUGGCCGAGGCUGAGGACGACCAAGUAGGGACCGAAGGGGACGUCACUUCCAAGCCGGUUGAAGAGGGUGCCGAUGAGGUAGCCGAUAUCUGAUUUCGUGCUUAGGAAAUCUCGAACAAUCUUUGUAAAAACAUUCUACAGCCUUCGGCUGAUGUGUCAAACACCUUUUUUUGAAUAUUCCUUUUGUGAAUGGAUGCUUGCCUUCGGGCUUUUGUAUAUAAUUUGCUUUUAUCUUUG